AUGGCGCUACUCGCGGAGAAAAAGAAGGAUUAUGGUACGAUAGCACUCCGCAGGCAGAUCGGUCUGUGGCAGGCCUCAUCGUACGUCGUCGGUUCCAUCAUUGGCUCUGGUAUCUUCAUCUCACCGGCAGGAGUGCUGAGACAAGCAGGCUCGGUCGGUUGGGCGCUGGUCGUGUGGGCGUUGUGUGGCGUGUUCGCUAUGCUCGGUGCGCUAACCUAUGCAGAGUUGGGCACAGCCAUCCCCAAGUCCGGCGGUGACUAUGCCUAUUGCCGCAAGGCGUUCGGUAACUUUCCGGCCUUUGUGCUUGCACUAUGGUGCAAGAUGCUGCUGCUAGGACCAGGCGGCAUAGCCAUCAUGGCGCUAACGUUUGCAGAGUACGCCACGCAACCGUUUUACGCGGAAGGCAACGCACCUCCAGGUGCCCUCAAGCAGCUCAUAGCAGUCCUUGUCAUUUGGCACACAGAAAACUUUGAGAAUGCAUUUCAACCGAAGCCUGAAUCUGUUUCCAGCAUGGCGCUAGCGUUUUAUUCCGGCUUGUGGGCAUUUACCGGUUGGGACGCUGUCAAUUAUGGUGUCGAAGAGGUAAAGAAUCCCACAAGAACUCUUCCUCUUUCUUUACUUCUGGGAGUCGGAUUCUCUACCGUCGUUUACCUGAUGACAAAUGUUGCGUACCACGCAGUACUAACUACCGAUCAGCUGCUUAGUAACACUGCUGUGGCUGAGGCAUUCGCUGAGGAAACACUCGGCAAGCAAUGGAGUUGGAUCGCAUCCGUGUUUGUUGCGAUUUCGGUGGUAGGCUCCAUUAAUGGCAACUUAUUCGCAUCUAGCAGAGGAUUCUUCGCAGGAUCCCGGGAACACCAGUUUCCCUCGUUCCUUGCAACGCUUAGUAUACAUAGAUACACGCCUCAACCGGCUUUGAUGGCAAACGGACUGUUGGGGAGUUUACUGGUGGCGAUAGGCGAAGGCAACGUCUACGCACUGCUGAACUUCACCGGUUUCGUACAGUGGACUGUCGUUUGCGUGUCCGUCACGGCACUUCUCUACAUGCGAUGGCGAGAUCGCAGUGAAGACUGGCCCUUCAGGUUUCCCCUGAUAGUGCAUGUAGCAUUUAUGCUGUCGUCGCUGUUUCUGGUCGUGGUGCCUUUCUGGGAGCAGCCAGUCGAGAAUCUAAUCGGAGUAGGAUUCAUUGCCGUCGGAGCAUUAGUCUACUUUGUUUUCAUAUCUUGGCAGCCAUCUGUUCUGGUGAAAAUCGAUGAUGGACUUACAGUGUUUUUCCAGCUACUUUUUGAAGCGUCUUUCACGGAGGAGUCUGCGAAGGCAGAUGUAAAACGGGAUGUCUUUCAGCGUCUCACUCACGAGACAGAAGUACAGAAUCAAGUGAUCUCUAAGUGAACGAAGGACUACAAGCCAAUCCAAAUAUCGAAAACUCUGUUGUCUGCAAUGUUUUUUUGUUCUGUCGUUACUUGUAUUGUAUUACAUGUCAAUAAUGAAACGUACCUCGAUUAUACGCGUGAACCUACAUUAGUGGCAUUAUGUCAGUCUCAAACAUCCAUAUAGAUGUGAAAUGAUAACUAAAUUUUUGCUUCUGUAUUGUGUUGGGAAUGUUAUGUAUUAAAUUUUGUAUCGCUUGUAAAUUCCAAGAUAAAAGAAAUUUUAUGUAAACAUCUAGCAAUCUCUUACGCGAAUGCAUAGAAACGUAACAUG